CGUAACACAACAGAAACCUGUACCACAAACAUGUCAUUUAAUGACAGUAAACACGCUAUUUAAUGACAUUCAGGUGGCUGUAAGCGGGUUUAAGCAACUGUUACGCGAUAUCGUUUACCUUACUGAGGGUCCGUGAGAUGAAAGGAACGCGAUAUAUUUAAUUAUUGUACCACUCGCUUAACAGGGAUCCAACAGCCGCAUGCUCUUCUGUCACUUGUGAACUUGGCGGCUAUAAAUAGACUACCACGUGGUGAAGCUUGAUAGGCAGCGAAUCGCAGGGGCCGGGCAAGUCACUACAAGACUUGUAGAAAGUACAUCAACAGUAGGUGCUGAUUGUGUUGGCACCAAAGGGAGACAAGCGCUGUCACCGAAGCAUAGAAUAGUUAGAUAGUGUUCAAUGGUGUGUGUUCAACUGUAGCUGGGUUGUGGCGUGCCUGUUGGACGUGCUUCCUGUUUGAAACUCGGAGAACGGCAUUGUCAGUGACGGGAGGCCGUUUCUUAUCGAUCGGGAUUAAUCAUGAGAAUUGGCGAUACAGGAUAAGCUAACAUCAAAAAGGCGACUUGGAUGCCGGGUCGUAGUGGCGAUGCAGUUGUAGUUUAACAGCACACUCAACAUGAAUGGACGGAGAUAUUUCCAUGGACUCGUUUGUGUGUUUCUGAUAAUUGUGGCAGUUAUUGGAGAUGAGUUUGUCUAUGAGGAUAAUACCAGUGAGGACCUGGGACAUGUUAGAAGUUCAAACGGAACAAUAUCCUGGGGUUCUCUACCUAAAGGAUUGUACCAUGGUAUAACAAGAGAUGCUCCAACCAAAGGAUGGGAAGUGACGAUAUCCUUCGCCCGUGCAGUAAUCAACAGUAUUCAGACGGAACCAUUCCCUGCAAAAACGAUGCAACGUCUCCUGAAAGGGGGUGAUAUCGGCAUAGAUAAAGAUCGCUAUGUUGUAAAUGUAGCAAUAGCUUGCUUCACCGGCAGUCUCCUCAUAGUCUUCUUCCUCAUCUGCAUGGUGGUCUUUCUACGACACGAAUACCGACGGAGGAAAAAAGAUGUAUACCUCGUGAAAAAGCCGUACAUGAGGGACAAGCCGUUCACCUUCUUUGUAGUCGGCAGCUACGUCGGUGCCACGCUUAGCUUAAUCUAUGUCAUUUGCAUCACCAUCGUGAGCACCAACCUACACUACGGCAUCAAUGUCAUAGACGAGACAGUUGGGGGUGCUAUGGAUGAUGUCAACACUUACUUCCAAACAACGAAACAACAAUAUGAAUUUGUUGCAUCCAGUACAAAUGAAUGGUUCAAUAAGGACGUGAUGGGAGGAGAUAUGAACAAAAUUGGAGAGCUCAUUUGGCAGCCAGGUCGAGAUGCGUUUUACCCCAAUGUGUCCGCAGUAUUUGAAAGUUUAGCAGACCUCGAUGAACGUACCCAAAAGGCUGCCGAUCUCUUGACCUCUAUCCACACAAAGUUAAACAGUAUUACUAAUGGUGAAGGCGGGCAGCUAGAAAACAACUUGAGAAAUCUUCUCUUCAAAAUCGACGGUGCUCGGCGUGACUCGUCCUGUACAGGAUGUGAUGGGUCCUGCAGUGGCUGCCAGAACAUUGUUCCACAAGAUAUUUCCUAUCAAACUGAUUUCACCAAGCUUCCAAUCAUCAGCACCAAUGUCCAGCAGCUCAACAAUCUUGCCCAAAACCCCAUGAACAGCACUAUGCAAAAUCCGGAGUAUUAUUAUGACAAAGGCAUUGCUGCUGUCUUGACAACGAGGGUAGCUGAUGCUGUGUCAGAGUUGAAUGACACAAUAACACAGUACAGUGCAACUGUAGCCAACUCUAUAUCUGGACUCAAGUUCCCGACUGGGAAGGUCUUUAACUUCCCUGCGUUUCGAGAAUCCUUCCAAAAAUUUGAUAAACGUUUGGUUGUCAGUGACACAGUCAGGUAUGGGUUUACCUGGGUGUUUGUGUUUAUCAACUUUGUCGGGUGUUUAAUUCUGUACAUGGCACUGACCAUGACGGUAAAAGGGAAGAGGGAGGCGUGACGAGGGGGACAGCCCAACUACUACCCUGCCUACAUCCUAUACAUUGCGGUUCUGUUCGGCUGUAUCGGGCUGUCACUGAUCUUUAUGGCCCUCUGCAUGAUGACCUUCUAUGCGGGGGUCAACCUGGAGAAGAUUGUGUGUGAGCCAGGAAAGAAACUGCA